AAAGCGUCAUGGAUGCAGCAGCCUGUACAACUUCCCGAGGAGCUUUGUGCUGUUUUACAGCCUGGAAAGCCCAAAGCAAAAACAUACAGCUCUCAUUUCUGAUCAGCUUUACAGCUCCGUGAUGAAAUAUGCAUCGCUCAUACUCCACAAUAAUAUUUCAUUUUACAGACAGUGGAAGAUUUAUAAUUCCUGUCAUUAACCCUGUCCUUGCUUCUAGGUCAUUAGACUUUGUCAGCAAUGGGAGACAGAUGCACACUGUUAUCCUUUAACACCUUACUGGUGCUUUGAAGCAAAAAUAAUUGAAUUUGGGCUAGUGUUGUGGGUUAUUUAAACAGGGCUGCAGUACUGUUACAAAGCUGUGUGUGGCACAUGCCAGCACUGUGCUUUGGCAUGCAGGUUCCCCAGGCUGCAGUCACACCAUCAUGAGGGGAUCAAUGGGGACAGGGAGGGCCCUGGGUAAACAGCUCCAAAAUUCAGCAGGCUAGCAUCCCAGCCACCCACCCUACCACCACGUACCACGGUACACAUGUCAGCACAUGAGCAGUGACACAGCAGUGAUAUGCAGAAAAGCGCCAGAGAAAAGGGAACAGAGGAGAUGGAAGGAUUUAAGCCCAGUCUCUAAGCCCAACAUUACCCGAGACAGUCUAAGUGGAAAGAGUCACUGCACUGAUGCAAAACAAGCUCAAACCUGUGCCAGAAGCACAGCAAGGAAUCAGCAUCUGUGUGAGCCAGCACCGGGCAGCGCUGGGACUCUGCUCAAUGUGAUGCUCCACCACCCUGCCACCUCAUGGAAAAAAGCUGACAUCCUGUUUCCAUUGGCAAGCCUAGCCUGAAGCUGUUCCAGUGACUUCUCCCAGGUUUGACACAUCAGUCUCAAAAUGGAGCCAAACACAAGGAAGCCGGGUGCAGAUGGGUUUCUGAACAGAACUCAAAGCAUUGGGAUAGCUCAGAGCAACUCAAAAUCCCACCUGCUGCCCAGAAGCACUGCAACUCCCUCAUGCCUCCCUUCAUCAGAACUCCCAGGGAUGCUCACCGGUGCCUGCAAACUGCCCUGCAGCACCCUGCCAAAAAGGCAUGCCAUAAAACCUCAUUGAUCGUGCUGCAGAGAGCGGGAGGCAGCUAAUGCAUGGCACAGGGCACCGGAGCCUGCAGCCCUGGGUCGAUACCUGAGCAAAUGGAAAAACGAUGGUGGCCAAAAAUGACUCCUGCACAUUUACACAACAGGAAGAAAAGAGAUAGGAGGAUGUGAUCUUGCAGGAAGGACUGCACGGGGAUGGCUGGGUUGUUGGCAGGCACCACCAGCAGCUGCCUCAGCAUUCCCACCAAAACUACAUCCCCACCAAACCACCCGUGUCCAUGGCCACCCUCCAGCCCUCUGCCUUCCCCACACCUGACCCCACACAGAGCUAAGCAAAGCCCCUCACUCUGGCACUGCCAAAGCCCGGCAUACAGCAUCCAGGCCAGCAGGGCUCUUAGCUCCAUCUAUUGUCCAAAACUCACAGCUAGCUGGGCAAUGAGAAAAUUCACAUCUGCAGAAAAAGCUGCUCUUCUCCAUGCUUAUGUUAGUCAGGAAUCAUUCAUGAAUAAAUAAUCUGUCUGCUCUUAACCAUGUGUUUGAGUGGAUUUAGAUAGGCCUCAGGCAGCGGGAUAACCUGCUGCCAGGGGUGGCAGCUCUCGCUGCAUCUCAGAACCAUUAUCCAGAUUGGAAAAGACCCCUCGGAACCCAAGUCCAACCCAUGUCCAACCCCAGCCCACCCCAUCACGCUCACUAACCACAUCCCUCAGUGCCACAUCUCCACAGCUUUGGAACACCUUCAGGGAGAGUGAUCCCACCUCCCUAGGCAGCUGUGUCAGUGCCUCACCACUCAUUGCAACAGAAUGGACAAAUCCUGCGAGAGCUCAGUGGGGUGGUUUGGACUGGGGGUGUUUUGGGGGCAUACUGCACACCAGAUCUCUGAGUUUGUCUUCUGCUUCCUGCCCCAGAACAAAUCCUGGACAUGACUGGGCUGUGCUGAAAGGAGCAGUACCUGGCUCAGCUGUCAGCCCACAUGGGAGGCGGUAGGAACUGGCAGGGUCUGAACAAACACAUCUCCAUGUCCCUUUUUGGCAUGAGAAGCAGCAGUGUGUCAAGGGCCCCUGCCAGGAGUCGAGCAGCACUCCGUGGGGCUAGGGAAGUUUGUAUGCGAUCCCCAAGGAGGAAAACACACUGUUGCCAGAGCCUGGCAGGAGUGCCCCUGCCCAAGCUGCCUGCUGCAGCACAGGAAGGGCCCAUCUGUGUGUAUGGGAUGGGCUGACAGAUUGGCAGCCAUGCUCCUGCACAGUGCUCUAUCCGUCCACUCUGCACGGGCUGCACCAAAAUAGCACUUUACAGCCUGUCAGCCUGCCUGCUGGAUGACAUAAACAGUGUUUGCUGUUUUUAGCAAAGUGAGGGCUGUUGUCUCUUGUACGUGCUGUAUCCAGGGUGGUGGGGAAGACGAGGGCACAGGGCAGGGCAGCUCGGAGCAGGCGUCCCUGGGGCACAGCGCUCGGCUCUCGAGUCGCAGCAGUGCAGACCAUGCCAAGCCUGGCUGAUAAUGAGCACUCUGCUUUGCUUUUGUGGAUGGCUAAAUAUAACUCCAAGCUUAUUUUUAAUUCAAAGGAGAAGUUCCAGUUCACUGUCCAUCAUUGCUGCCUGGGAUUGGGUCUAAGAAAGCAAGCAAGGCCAGGCUGAGUGUGAGGCUGAUGAAGGCUGGGAGCUGAAAUCUGCCUAGAUUCCAGUCAGGGAGAGUCAGCUAAUCUCCAACCAGUUCUAUGCUCUGUGUUACUGGAUGAGAGAGGACUGAUUUGAAUCUUCACCCUGCCUGGAAAAAUUACUGUCAAGUUAGAAAAAAAAAAGUAAAAAAUUCUUCAAAUGCUGGACCAAUAGCUCAACCAAAAUAGGGAAGAAAGCAAACAAGCAGCUCAAUGACGGCUCCACCCUGUUUCACCCUAUUCCUUAACACUACAACUCCUUUCCCUAGCUGAAUCCCAUGCCUACACAUCAGAAAAUCAUUUCUUACACACAUCCUUGCCUUACCCCGGACAGCCAGCUUUCAGAUUGCCACGAGCCCUGCCACGUGCAGGAGGCAGCUUGUUUGCCCAACUCUGUCUGCAGUGCAGCUCUGCCAGCACUGCCCCAUCCCAGCGAUUCCCUUCUUUGGUGCAGCAGCAGUUCCAGCUGCUGAAAGGAGAAGCACAAACUUCUCAUACAGUGAUUCAUUUAUGAACACACUGGAACAACAAAAAAAAAAUCACCCACAUUCAAAUGUGUUAAUACAAGCCCGUAAACGCCCUUUCUCCAUCAGCUACAGAGAAGUCUUCCAAGUUACCCAGAGCAGUGACUGUUCACAGGCACCUGGAACAGUCAAGCCUCAGACAAGCCAGCUUUCAGGCACUGACUUCCCCAAAACAUCACUUCUCUUUGCAUUCCCUGGAAAUUCCCAAACUGCUCUCUCUCUUCUUAUAGAUACUCUCACAAGCUGACACUUUGAACUGGACAGUAUAAGUGACCCCAAAAACAAGUGACAGCUGGAAAAGUUAAUGGGAAGACCCACUGUUAAGUCAGCGUGUGCAACAGCAAAUGGAAAAUAGAGGAUCUUAACGAACAGCUCAUCGUGCCCUUAGGGACAGUGCUGUGCUGUCCGGACUCCAUUCCUAAGGAGACUGCAGCAACAGCCAGGACUCCCAGGAGCGGAACUCACCAUGAGGAGCUCAGCAGGCUUCCUUGUUUGCUCACUGCUGCUGCUGCUGGCUUUACAUGGCACAGAGGUGGCUGCCCAGGAUGACCAGUCUGACCCCAAAAUGUCAUGUGCCAACUGGAUGGGAGGAGCACCAGGACACCCUGGCCACAACGGGCUGCCUGGAAGGGAUGGCAAGGAUGGAAAAGAUGGACAAAAGGGGGAAAAAGGAGAGCCAGGUCUACAAGGUGCCAGAGGUGACACAGGUGAAAAGGGUGCCACAGGUGCAGAAGGACCGAGAGGAUUUCCAGGACACAUGGGGAUGAAGGGGCAGAAGGGUGAAAGCACCUACGUGUAUCGCUCCGCCUUCAGCGUGGGGCUGACGGACCGAGCCCCCCACCCCAACGUCCCCAUCCGCUUCACCAAGAUCUUCUACAACGAGCAGAACCACUAUGACACCAGCACCGGCAAGUUCCUCUGCAGCAUCCCCGGCACGUACUUCUUCGCCUACCACCUGACGGUCUACAUGACGGAUGUCAAGGUCAGCCUCUACAAGAAGGACAAGGCAGUGAUCUUCACCUAUGACCAGUUCCAGAAGAACAACGUCGACCAAGCGAGCGGCUCUGUCUUGCUGCACCUCAGCUCGGGGGAUGAGGUCUGGCUCCAGGUGUACGGGGAGGGUGACAACAACGGGGUCUAUGCCGACAACAUCAACGACUCCACUUUCAUGGGCUUCCUCCUGUACCCAGACAUGGAUGACCAUUAGAGCAAGGGGGGUACACGGGUGGGGACAAGGCCACUUAACCCCACCUGCCUUCUGGGGCACUGGCACUACAGCUGCACUCAAUUUACCAGAAAAUUCCCCUGACCACGUGGGGGCCACCAUUGCCCAGGGUGGACCCCAUCUCCCCUGAAAUCACUGACUCGACACACAGGUGACUUCCGUGGGACCAAGAGUUCACUCCUACCUCUGCUCUUGCUCUCCUGAUGGAAACCAGGGCCCCAAGUCAAGCACACCACUCCGGCCACAUCAUGAAAUGGUCGCUUUCAAGUUGGGCUGGCCUUGCUUUUAAAUUUAAAGCUGAUUUUCAUAUAUGUUACAUUAAAAUAUCACAUUCUACCUUACCUCUUUCUGUCACUUGAAUCCAGUUGACACAAUGGUACCCGGCUCAGCCAGCGUUACCUCCCUGCUUGAGUACAGCUGCAGCUGCUGGCCGGGCUUUGGCCAUCGGCACUCCCCACCUUAUCAGGGCCUCUGAUCUCCACCCAUCAUUUGUUCUCCCUCUUCUUUAGCCCACACCUUCCCAGGUAUUCAACACACAGCAGAGCUAAGGCGUUACUACAAGCACAAGACAGCAUUAAGGGCUUUGACUAAAAAUACUUCCUACAGCAGCACUUCCCAAACCCCACGGGAUUACCACACUGCACAGAAAAUCACAAUAAAGUGCUCUCUCAAUACAGAA